UUAACAACACCUGAAAGUAGUUGGAUACCGGAAAUAUUUAGUAGCUUUCAAACUUUUCUUUAAAAAUAGGAAAGUAAUUUAAAAGAAAAGGCAGAGGAAAACUGUUGGCAUUGACUUAACUUUCCAUAUUGCUGUGUCAUGCGAUCACUGUUAGACAAAUUUGGAUAUGCAUGUUUCUGCAAUUAAACGGAAUGGACCGUGUUUUUAUGUCAGCAUGUUAUUUGCGACGCAGUUAUUAAUCUAUUGGCAAGCUGACGCACAAACUGCAACAAUGUAUCCUCCCGCACCAGCAUACGUGGAUAUUCGGCAGCAACGCACGUUUAUGUGCAAAACAUCAAUACAGAGCAACUGGAGAAGUACUUCGUUCUAUGACGAGACAAACAGUGGUGGUGUUCCCAGUGUAGGCUUGUUUUUCAAAGAUUCCGAUGGUUCUUGUCGAAUAAGUGCUGUUUCAUAUUCCAAAUAUAACGCAUCAUGUGAGUCUACGAAGGGAGAAUAUAAUCUAACAGUUCUAUCUGUUGAUGAAAAUCAUCACAAUAGGUUUAUCCGUUGUAAAGCACAGUUUGGUGACGGUACCGGAUCUGACGUCUAUGCCAAUGCCAGGACAGUCAUUUACGUCAGAGUUCCCAUAACUGGUAUACUAAUCUCAAACACCAGCAUAACAAGCGAUGUGACACGUGACAUAACAAUAGAAUGUACAGUAAUGAGUAGACCAGCUGCAUCCAUUUCCUGGAUUAUCAUAAACUCAGAGGAAGCCAUACAAAAUGUAUCUUUGAAAUCGUCAAACACUGUUUCCAGUGGUUCAUCAGGAAUUACUGUAACCAGUAUACUUACUUACCGGUUUAAAGCAUCAGAAAAUGGCGCGUUUUUAUACUGUUCUGCUGAUAAUACCAUAUCUUCAAGAAAUUCUUCUCGUGUUAAUCUGACUAUAUAUUACCCGCCGCUAUACGAUCCAGUUAUACAACAGACACCUAACGGACCAAUCAACAUUAGCGAAGUAGUAGUUCUAACAUGUUCUGUGUCUGGUGGUUUUCCACUUGCUGUUCCGACGUGGAACUGUUCCGGUAACGCCACUAACAACACUUCCGGGAAUACUGUCUACUCCUCAAUUGGUUUCAUGCUUGUUUCGCAAGACAAUGGUAAAACUUGUAGUUGUUCAGCUACCCACCCUGUAACGGCAUACAGACCUCAGGUUCACAUUAUGCUUAAUGUAUACUUUCCCCCAAAGGAAUUUCCAGUUAUAAGACAAAUACCAGACGGCCCAGUCCUUACCGGAAGCCUUGUGUCAUUAAUUUGUACAGUAAAUGGUGGUAAUCCUUUGGCAACAUUGACAUGGAACUGUACUGGAAUGAUUAGCACAAACGCAUCGCAGACAACGGCUACAAGUUCUAUCGAGUUAUCCGUUACUAAGAUAAACCAUGUCAUGGUUUGUACAUGUUCGGCGUCCCAUAACACAGACAAUUAUAGCCAAACUGUUCAUCAAAUACUUAAUAUAAUUUUUCCACCAGAUGAAAUUCCAAAAAUACGACAAGGCAUUCCUGGACCAAUAGAUACCGGAACAUCCGUAAAACUAAUUUGUUCUGUUACCGGAGGUAAUCCCUUGGUUACGCUAUCUUGGGACUGUCUAGGUAUCAAUUCAAACGCAUCUACAGAAAUCAAAGCUGUAUUGGAAGUUGAAUUCACAGUUGACAAGAACUACAAUGGCAGAAUCUGCAGUUGUUCAGCUACCCAUCCUGUUGCAACUUACAGACCACACACAGAACAUGAACUAGUUGUUUAUUUUCCACCAGGUAAACCGAACUUGAUUUUGAAACAUGAAAUGCCUUGGUUCACCGGAAACACAACAGAAGUGCAGUGUUUAUCGACAGUAGGUAAUCCAGAAUCAACAUUUGAAUGGAAAACAGACGACAUGGUAUUACAUGUAAAUGUGUCUGAGUUGACUAUAGGACCGUUAACGAAACAUGACAAUAUGAAAACUAUCACAUGCACGGUUUCGAAUGAGUAUACCAAUAGUCAGUCAAUGAUACUUACAUCAGAUAGUAUUCCACUAAAUGUUGAAUAUUUCCCUGACAUUACCAUUGACAAAUCUCCAGUAUAUAUUAUGGAAGGCAACAAUGCAACAAUAGUAUGCAAUGUUAGAGGUAACCCUGUACCUAAAGUUCAGUGGUUUCAACUGGACCAUAACAUAACAGAACCUCAAAUAAACCGAUCUGUAUUUCAUCUGUUAAAUGUUGAUCGUUUAUUGGAUGGAUUACUGUAUACAUGUAAGGCAAUGUCCAGUUCUACCAGAUUUGGUUCUCUUAUAUCAGAGAAUACGACAAAAGCUAUCGUAUAUUUUCAUUCUUUGCGACGGGAUGUUUUACCCUUUGUUGUUCCUUUACAUUCUCCGAACAUAACAAACCUCGAGGUUUUAAAUGGACAGACAGUAUCUGAAAACGAAGCUGUUACACUACGUUGUGAAGUUGACAGCAAUCCAGCACCCACUAUCACGUGGCGGUUUGUGAGCAAUCAGACAACUCUACAGAAACAAGAUGAUGUGUUUUCCAGUAAAUAUAUCAUACCAAAAAUUAAGUGUUUCCAUAUGGGGACAUAUCAAUGUCAGGCUGCAAACCAAAUAAAUGGGACAACCUCUACCGAUAUAAAAGAUAUAGCUGUAUAUGUUACAUGUUCACCGCGUUUAGAUACGCGGUAUCAAGGUCUUCCAAAAAUAGUCGCAGUGGAGGAUAAUGGUGACUUGAAUUUAACUGUCUAUCUGAUAGCAUACCCAACACCAACGAUUCGCUGGAUACAUAAUAAUGUAAUCGAUUCAGUAUCAACAUUGGUUGGAAAUGUUUAUGUUUCAAACUUAUAUUUACCUCAUCUUAAACAAUCGAUGUUUGGAGAAUAUACUGUUCAUGCAUAUAAUGACAAUGGGAACUUAUUUCUGCAUGUGAAUGUUGUGCCAAAAGGAAAGCCAACUCCUCCUUCAAAUGUUUUUGUUGUAUGUAAAAGCACAUCUGCAACAAUUGUCUGGAAACCUGAAUUUGAUGGAGGGGACAAGCAAAAGUUUGUGGUAAAGUACUGGAAAACUUCCGAAGGAACCAACAUAUUAUCAACAACCCCUGUCACAGAUCUUGCUGGUCAAUCUGUCAUCAAACAACUUAUGUCGGGAUCCAACUACAGUUUUGUGGUUGAAGCAACGAAUAUCUAUGGACCUUCUAAUGCCACACUUAUAGCUUGCAAAACUGAUGUCAAAGAUAUUGUAACUUUAAAAGAACAACAGAAGAUGUUUUCUGAUGUUACUAUAGCCACAAUAGGUGUUGCUGGUGUUUUAUUCGUAGCCAUAGUAUUGAUUACUGUUUUCGUCAUAAUACCAUUCUGUCGCCGUAAAGACAAUAGCGACAAAGACGGUUCACAGUUCCUGCGCCGGGAAUAUUUGAACCAAGGUCGGAAAGUUCCUGUACAAUCUGUAAUAAACAAUACGUAUGAUUCAGUACAUCUAGAUCUUCAAUAUGAAUCUCUACGUGAAGAUGCUGUUGGUUCGACAAAGGGCAAUCAGAGCAGGCCAGUUUGCAAGAAGGCUGAUCCUGUACACGUGAAAGGAACAUAUUGCAAUGAGCCACCUUCACCACCAGAUAUCAAGAACUUAAAACGAAGAAGGAAUGAAGUUCCUAACCAUACAGGACAGCAUAGUGCGUAUGCUAAUCAGACAGCCUUGGCAGAUCUUCCUACUGGUCAAUCAACAGUUAGGGUAGAAUCAAUGCAUCUUACUGAAAUAAAUGCAUACGAAGAUAUGGCUAAAGAAACGGAAGUUAAAACACAAAUUAAGAAACCAACCGUAAAUACAAAAUCAGAGAGUAAUACUCAAUUGUACGAAUCCAUGAAGGACGACCGAACAUGUGAUAAAUCGUCGAAGUCACAAAAGGGCAAGAAAACAAUAACAAACAAAUUAUCGGACAGUAAAGGUAACCUGUACGAAUCGAUGAAGGACAGAGCAUGUGAAAAUUCACCAAAGUCUGUUUCUUGGAGACAAAAGAAAGUUGCGAAUUCAACAAAGAAUGGUACCGAGCUUUACGAAUCAAUGAAGAAAACUACACAAGAGCAAAAUAAAUCCCUUGAAAGUAUGGAUAUGUAUGCAAGCACUUUGAAGAAAUAGGGAACAAUAUACGAACAACAAAUAUGUCACAUGCAAUAUGUGAUUUUCAUUAUGCCUGUCUUUUGUCAUCAUAUCUCACAAAUUAUCUUGCAUUCGUACCUUGAUUCAGUUGUAUUUAUGAAUUUACAUUCCCGUAAAAUAAUCAUAAGCCUAUUUGAGGUCAAGGUUGUUUUCAGUUCUUGUGAACUAGUUUAUAUUUUUAUAAACAUAUCGACUUAAAUUUAUCUUAUGUAUAUCGUCAAGAAUAAUGUGACUUAAACCUAAAUACUUUUACAAUGUAUACAUGUACAAACAUAAUCCAUAUGUAGUACAUGUAUGUAGUCGCUAACUCAAACGUCAUUUUGUCUCGGAUAGUUGUCUCAUUAGCAAGCAUAGUUUUACCACAUCUUCUUAUUUUCAACAAUGCAAUAGAUUUCAAAUUAUGAAUGAGAAAAUUGCACUCAAAACCAAAAUAUGUCUAGAGAACAACACACAUUAUUCAACAAUACACAGAUGCCUAUAAAUUAUGUGACUUUGUUCAAGUAUCCAUAUCAUAUAAAUUCAUAUUUAUGUAUAAUA